UGCUAAUUACAUUUUUAUUGUAUUAACCAUUUCUAUUUGCAAAUUAUAAACAGCUUGACGGCGAUAAUACAAGCUGUUGCAGCUUGCAUUGUUUUUAGAACAUGAAGUUCUAUAUUUUCGUAUCGUUGGCUGUUCUAUCUUGUGCAUCAGCUACCCCACCCGAGGUUGAGGAUAAGGAUCAGUAUAUUCUGGCUACUGUAUUGUUCUACUGCAAUCAGUUAGGGGACAAAAUUGUGGCCGCUGGAAAAGUACCGAGAAAAGUCAAAUUUAUAAUCAAGAAAAAUGUCGGUGAGGUUUACAAGAACACGUCCAUAAAAGUAGUUCCUAUUUACCGAAAUUAUUCCGAUGUCCCGAAAAUGGAUGAAGUUUAUACAGAAAUUAAGAAGAAACAUAAUGUAGUGCUAGUUGCACCUUUAUCACAGUCGCUUGCGACAAGGCUAGUAGUGGAUAAAUCGAAUCUUUUUAUGGAAAAAGGAAAAGUAACUGGGGUAGAGCGCUUCUACUUAGAAAAUUUUAAGCGUAAACCAUUCAAAGAGGAAGAUGUAGAAGCUAACGUUAUAUCGGCAAGCAGGACGACACGGAGUUUGGACCUUUUUAUAGAAAAGCAGAAGUUCCUGUCGUGGAAAUGUUUCUUCCAAACACGGUAUUCUACUCAACCCAGAUAAAACAUCGUUCAAACGAUAAGAUCAUUCAGUCAUUGCUCAGGAUGUUGAAGUAGUGUAAGCAAGUAGCAGACAAACAGUGUAAACUGUCUCAGAAAUAAA